AUUCAUUUUUAUGUUGAAUAUACAUUUUAGUUCUUAAUGGAUUAGAUAAAUAUAGGUCUUAUUAGAUGAUAAUUUUUUUUUAUAAAAUUAUACACAUUUAUUAUAUAUAUUCUUUAAAAUAAGUACUUUGUGCAAUAUGAUAUAUUUUAAACUAUAUUAGAUAAAAUAGGUCAAUUACUUUAUAUUUUAAAUUAUAUAUACAUUUUAAUUUGGGGGUUUAUAUUAAUCCAUUGUACUAAAGCCACCAGAUCAUAAAAGUAAUCUAAAUAGGUAAUUAUGAUAUAAUAAUAACAAACAUUAGCCAACAUAAUUAAUAUAAAUAGUGUAAGUCAAAUUUGAUAAGCAAACAGUUCGUUUCCAGAAAAUUGAUUAGUUCCGUAUAAAUAGGUAUGAGAAAUAUUGGCUUUAAAUGCAAUUUACAUUAUGAUUAAAUUGACACAUUACUCAUUUAUUUGAUAGUAUAUAUAGAAAUAAUAUUUUAUAAAUUAGGCAAAUGCAGAUUCUUUUUAUUUUAAAUAUUGAUAUUGUAGUAAUUAGUGUGUUUGCUUAAAUAUAGGAACUGCUAUUGUUUAAAAUGUUAAUGACAUUCUAUUGUAAUGUUUUAGGAAAAGUUAGGGUCAAUUUCUAUUUGUACUUUAGUUUUAAUAGAUUAGAUGGUUGCAUGGUAAAAACCUAAAAAUAGACUAAAGGAAGCAAAAAACCUCUUAAAUAUAGAAUAAUCCAAAAUACCUUUACAAGCUCUUUAAAUAUCCAGAAUCUGUUUUGAUUGUUCUUGUUAAUACUUACGAAAAGAGAGAAAAUAAGAAAAACAUCUCAACAAAAGAUGAAAAUGGUCGAAAGGAUCUUUCUCCUUUUCCUCUCCAUCGUCGUCACGGUUGUCAUCGCCGGAAAAGCUCCACCACCAACAUUCACCGAGACUGGCAAAGCCUUGGCAGAAAAACUAUGCGAAAAAUCUGAAGACAAAGCGUUUUGCGUUUCGAGCCUAACCUCGCGUCACGAAGCAGAAACCGCAACCGCACCAAAACUAGGCGUGAUUGCGUUAAGUGUAGCGUCUACAAACGCUUCAGACACGUCUCUCUACAUCAAAUCAAAAUUAAAACAGAAGAACCUCGAGCCCGCGUUGGAAGACACGUUAGAUGAUUGUUCUAAGAAUUAUUUAGACGCAGUCGCGCAGCUAGACGAUUCUCUCGCCGCUUUGCUGGCAAAUGCGUACAUCGAUGUUGAUAUUUGGCUUAAUACGGCGAUUAGCGACGGAGAGGCUUGUGAAGACGCUUUGAGUGAACGUGCUGGUAAUGACGCUGAGCUUGCUCGUAGGAACACUAACUUCUUGAAGCUUUGCAAGGACGCUCUUCUCAUCAACACUAUUUUAACUCCAUAAGUUUAUUGUUACGACUAAUUAAUUACUUUGUAUUUGUUUGUCAUAAUUUUCUAUAAACUGCUUUUAGAAAAAAAAUCUAUAAAUUGGUCCGAGGUAAGCUAAUGAUAUGUGAUAUACUUGUUUUGGAAUUUUUUUGAAUGAGCAUACUGGAGUAUAUAGUACAUACAAUAGAUGUGCAUUUUUCCAUCUAAUAUAACUUUAUCUAUUAAUAAUAAAAAUCUCAAUUAAUGUCAAAGAUUGUGUCUUUUCAUUAUAAAAAUGAGCUUAAUUUUAAAAAGUUUUCAAAUUGUAAAAUGAUGUGUAUAUCUAUCCUUUUGUGUAUUUUUUUAUAAUGUCAAAAGCUAUGUUUUCAUUAUAAACUAUUGUGUUUCUUAACUAUAUAAAAAAAUUAGUUUUAAAAGUUAUCAGAUUAUGAAAUAACGUGUGAUUCUAUAAUAUAUAGGAUAUGAAAUUAGUUUUACCUAAUUAUAUGUAUUUUCAACAUGUAACUAUUGGAAAAGAUUGUGAAAAUGUUAAGAUGUGUCUUUUUCAUCAUUAAAAUGUUAUCUUUCAUCCAAAAAAUGUUUUUCAUGUUAAAAUUGCAUUAAUUUUAAAUGACUUAAAAAAAUUCAUGUUAAAGUUAUCAUGAAUUUUAAAAGACUGAAAAUAUUUAACUCUCAUCAUUUUAAGAUUAAUAAUGCAUAUUUUUUUUUAAAUAUAUUAAUUUUAAAAAGUCAUGUCUUUUCAUUAUAAAAGUUAUAUCAGUUUUAAAGAUGUUCUCAUAUUGUAAAUGUACUAUCUAAAAAUAAGUAACUCAAUUAGAAAAGUUGUGAUUAUUCGUAUAGAUCUUUGAAAACUAUAAAUA